GCUGGAGUCUAGAAAGAUGAGGGGGAAUCUCGUUGAAACACACCGAAUAGUGAAAGGCCUGGAUGCAGUCAAUGGAUGUCGAGAGGAUGGUUGAAUUUAUCGUCUACCACCAGAGAAGAUAGUUGAACCAGUUUCAGGUGCAAGCAUGGCUUCAACACUUCUGUCUGCAGUGUUUCAUAUCACCUCUUUUGGAUGGUAUCUGCUUCUUGUACAUGUGCUUCUCAACACUCACGCUGACCACGCACCCACCGGAGUGUUCUUAUACGCUGGUCAGUGGAAGUACCUCACCUUCCUCAACUUGUUUCUGCAGAUGAUUUUCAACGGGCUGUGCAUCCUGUCAGACAUACAGAAACAGGCAUCAUGGAUUCUCUGUCUAAGAGACCUCUUCUUCUCUGUUCUGGUUUUCCCUGUUGGUACUUUCGUUGUCGCAUCUUUCUGGAUUUUAUUUACGCUCGACAGAUCACUGGUGUAUCCUGAAGCCCUUGAUAAAUUCAUUCCUUUGUGGGUCAACCAUGCUGUGCACACCAUGGUACUGCCACUGGUCCUGUUGGAACUCUUCAUCUCCCGGCACCGGUAUCCAACACGAAGAACUGGACUCCUCAUCCUGGGGACCAUCUCCAUCUCUUAUCUCCUUUGGGUGCUGUGGAUUUAUUACGCCGCUGGAGACUGGGUCUAUCCAUUGCUAGGACUUUUUAAUCAAACUGGCCUGGUGGCAUUUUUCUCAUUCAGCCUUCUGUUGGUAAUGCUUUUAUACCUCCUGGGAGAGCAGCUCACCUUGUUAGUGUGGGGUUUAACGGGAAAAACAAAGAGAUCAUAACUGAGGCACAAGCACAGUGAGGAAUUGUGUUUGUCUUAUGCAUCCUGCACCCUUCUUGCCACUCAUUAUAGCCACUGUACACCUGCUACAUUCUCCACCACAAUUUGCCAUCAACAGAUCGAUAAUCUCCAAAUGAAUCAGGACCUAGCGCUCGCUGUUCCACUUGCCAUCCAGGGAGUGAGAACUGGAAGAGGGUGGCAACCAUGGAUUUGGAAAUUACUGAAUAAGGAUGAAGGAAGUGAGAUUUCCCACGAUACAUGUCCGCUCUCCGCGGGGUGAAGGGCCAAAGUCAUUCAUAAGUCCAUAAAUUCUAGGAGCAGAAUUAGGCCAUUCGCCCAUCCAUAAUAGAAUAAAGGGGAGGCCAUUUAAGAC